GAUGGUGAAUUAUAUGAGGACAUUUGAUGUUUUGAUUGGUGCAAUUAAGUUCAGUUUUCUUGGUAGAUUCGGAAUUAAAUAAUUCUCUGCUAUUUUUCCGUGAAAUUUUUCAGUUUUUUUUAAUGGAAAGGAGAACGGAGUUUGCCAAGAAUAGAAUUCAUCCUUUCUUUCCUUCAAAUCGAUGUUUUUCUUGAGAUUUCUUGUUGCUUGGAUUUGGUGAUUCCGUGGUUAUGGAAGCAUACAAAAAAAUUUACAAUGGUUCCAUUCUAGGUGUUUAAGAAAUCAUUUUUGUGUAUUUUUAUAGUAAUUUCGGCUUUCCUGCACGUGGAUCUCCAUUUCUCUUCCCCAAAACCCUGAGCUUUCCUUAUUUUUCCCAGACAUAGUUAAAGCCUCUCCUGUUGCUCGAAUCACGGCCGAUUCCCAGGUAAAACCGUCGUUCUUGGCUUUUUACCUGACCUUGUUUCCAUUUAUUGUUUUACCCUAUCUGAGUUGGGUUAAAAUAAGCCACACCUUCCUUCCUCCUACCAUUUCUCCCACUCCAUUAAAUUCCCUUCCUUUCCAGUGCUAACGCACCCACCAUGGCAUUCUCGUGAGAAGGACAGAAGACAAGCAACCAAAACACCAAUUUUUAUGUUAUAAAGAAAUGAGUAGCAUACACAUGACCGUCCAUUGUUAGACGCACCUUCUGCGGUUAUCCUGCACCUCUGCCGAGAGUCUUCGUAUGGUCUGGCUCAGACGUCGAUCCCUUUCUAGUUACCCAACGGCCGCGCCUGUGCCCGCCAUCCAUGGAAAACCCGGCCCGAUCUCCCUGAUUUGGCCUUCUUGCAAUGAAUUCAGAGUGCCCACUUCCUGAUGAUUGCCGCAUUGCCCAAUUUUCCCCUAUUCAGAUCUCCUUCUCAUCAUCUUUUAUGGUUUUGUAUAGGAAAAAAAGAUUUGAGGAUCUGGUGCCAUAGCUGUAAAUAAGUUGCUUUCUGAAGAAUCCAUCAAUGUGGUUUGCUUUGGAGGGAGUUGUGGAUGGAUGUGUGUAAACUUGAGCCACCAGGGACCGUGGCGCAGCAGAAGGCAGCCCAGACGGAAGAUACUCAAAGGCCCCCUUUGGUCCCUUCUGAGAAGAACAAUGCUGCCCCGGCCACCCGCAAGUUGCGGACGAGGGAAAUUACUUCUAGGUACAAGUCAGGGAUCUCAUCAACUCCUACUACUCCGAGGCGAAGCCCGUCUCCAAGUGCUGGUCGCCCACAUGCCAUGCCAGGAACUUCGCUGCCGAAGAGAUCUCAAUCAGCAGACAGGAGAAGACCCACUACGCCUUCAUCGAGGUCCUCUGCACCUUCAUCCCCAUCGUUUAAGCCUUCCACACCCUCUUCGCCAUCUUCAAGGUCUACCACACCAGUGCGUGAUGCAGUAACAGAAAUGCAUAACACUUCACGACGGUUGCUCGGCAGCCGGGCUCCGGAUGGCUUCUGGCCUUCUAUGCGGAGCCUGUCUACUUCUUUUCAGUCAGAAUCAAUUUCAGUUUCUGUUACUAAGAGGGACAAGGUGGUUACUGGUUCCUCUUCAGAUCGCACAUUGAAGUCGCCGGCAAAUAUUGCAGCGGAGAGGAAGAGGACUCCUCUGAGAGGGAGGAAUACCUCUGAGCAAUCAGAGAACUAUAAGCCUUUGGAGAACUUGCAUGCAAGGGUCAUAGAUCAACAUCGCUGGCCUGCUAUGAUGGGUGGAAAGGUAUCUGCAAAUGCCGUGUCAAGAAGUGUGGAUCAUACCGAUAAUAUUAACAAAUCUAUCUCUUCGUCAAUUCCAUAUCGAGGGGUUUCACCAAGGAGAAUGCCUGCAUCUGAUGGUGCAGGUAGAGGCCUCCAACACUCAUUAAGUGAGGUGGCAAGGCGACUGGCUCCUGAUGGAAGUCGUAAAGUACAGCAAAAUAUGAGUUUGAGUGUAAAUGUAUCUUCACAUCCUUCAGGAAGAUCUUCAUCAGCAACACGUCCUAGUAGGACUCAGUCGUCACCAAGUCCAGGUUUACAUCGUCCUUCAUCACCAAAUAAGGCUUUAUCAACAACCUUGACCAGGGGAAUGUUGAGUCCGUCUCGGUCAAGGCCAUCAACUCCAGGAAUGCUGAGUCCAUCUAGGUCAAGACCGUCAUCCCCCAUGUCAUCAUCUAGCAGCACAAUUUCUCAAGCAGGCAUGACAUCCUCGAUUUUCAAUUAUAUUGUUGAUAUGAGAAAAGGAAAGAAGAAUGCAAGCCACAUAGAAGAUGCACAUCAGCUGCGGUUGCUGUACAAUAGGGACCUGCAGUGGCACUUUGUCAAUACCCGAGCAGAUGACACUAUAUCCAUUCAGAAAAUGAGGACAGAGAAUAUUCUAUACAGUGUGUGGAAUACUGCUUCAAAACUGCGUGAUUCUGUUAUAAUGAAGAGGAUUGAUGUGCAGCAGCUGAGGCAAGAAUUGAAGUUGGCCAUGAUUUUGAGAGAACAAAUGGCAUACCUUGAAAACUGGGCGGCAUAUGAAAGAGAACAUUGUUGUUCUUUAUCUGGGGCAAUUGAAGCUUUAAAGGCAAGCACGCUACGUCUUCCAGUUACUGGAGGUGCAAGGGCAGAUGUGCUUUCUGUGAGGAAUGCUGUUAGUUCUGCAGUUGAUGUUAUGCAAGCUAUGGGAUCCUCUAUCUGUUAUUUGUUAUCUAAGGUAGAGGGUACAAAAGCUCUGGUUUCUGAAUUAUCAGCUGUUGCAGCCAAAGAAAGAGCAAUGCUUGAUGAAUGUAGAGAAUUAUUAGCUUCAGCAGCAGCAAUGCAGGUGCAGGAGGCCAGCCUUAGAACACAUCUCAUGCAGUUGAGACAGCACGCAUGUAAGCUGGAGUAGCCCAAAGUAACCUCUGAUGAUGAUGAGAGCCCAGUGCUCUCUGUGGCUAACAACUUACAGUUGGUAGAGAUGACAACACGUGUUAGGCUCAGUCAGUGUAAAUUUGUCUUCUGUGGAUGGGCGCAUUCAUAUUGUUUCUUUCAUUUUUCAUUUUUUUUUUCUUUUUUCCUGUCUUUUUUCUCUUUAUUAUCUUUUCCUUUCAAUGGGCUGCGCUAUAUUCUUUCCCCAUGUAAUUUUUUAACCAUUCGCAUGGAAAGAAAAAAGAAAAAUGCAGUGAAUUGAAAGCCAAAGGGUAAAGGAGUCUAGCAGAAGUGCAUGUGCUUAUGUGAACACUAACUACUUACAGCCUGUUGAGGCCCCGGAUUGCAGCUAGCUGAGAGGAUAAUUUUUCUCAUUGCACUAUGGUAAUGAGGUCCUUCGAUGAUGAUUUACAUGAGGUUGUCUGAUGAGCAGGGAUCUGGGUCAGAGGACAUUGUUAGAUCCCAAAUUUUGAGAUAGAACCUGUUUUGGCAUUUGAUGACUGGUUUUGCAAUCUUACACUUACUGAAUCCAUCAGCAGUUAAUCGCAUAGGACCUGGUUGCUUAAGUAGUAGACAUAUUUCCCAGGGAUUUGUUUGUAGUUAUCGUUGUUGUUUUUGUCAGGGAUUUGUUUGUUGUUAUCGUUGUUGUUCUUCCUUGAACUGUGUUAAAGGUCUGCAAAUUGGUAAACGGAAAAGGCUGCUCUUAUUGCUGAUUGGAAACCUAGAGGUAGUCUGCUCCUUUUUCUUUUUGGUGUUUUUUUUAAUGGUGGAAUAAAGGUGGUUCUCGUGCCGCACAGUUAAUUGUGCUUA